CGUCGCGCGCCUCUUAUCCGCGGCGGUGCUGAAGAGCGGGAGCCGUGAUGUCUCACACAAUUCUACUUGUCCAGCCUACCAAGAGGCCAGAAGGCAGAACAUAUGCUGAUUAUGAAUCGGUGAAUGAGUGCAUGGAAGGAGUCUGUAAAAUGUAUGAAGAGCAUCUGAAGAGAAUGAAUCCCAACAGUCCAUCCAUUACAUAUGAUAUCAGCCAGUUGUUUGACUUCAUUGAUGACUUGGCAGACCUCAGCUGUCUUGUUUACCGUGCUGAUACUCAGACAUACCAACCAUACAAUAAAGACUGGAUAAAGGAGAAGAUCUACGUCCUCCUCCGCAGGCAGGCCCAGCAAGCAAGCAAAUAAUGGGGGCACCAUCAUUACCUGGGUUUGGGGGAGGGCUUGGACAACAGGUGUGUACAGAGUGUAGUAGUGAACUUUUUGUAUUAUAGUCAUCCUGUUUCCAUCUUGUUAAACUCUUUAGCCAGGACUGAAUGUAUUGUUAGAGAUGCAAGGAUUUUGUUGGAUUUGACUUUUUUUCAGUGUAAAUGGAGAAGAAAGUGCAACAUCUUCAGCAGAGUUUUAAUUUGUUUUUUUCCUCUGGUUAGCUAAUGGUCCUACCUUGUUUGAACCCCUGGGGCUGUUCACAUUGUACUUCGCCACAUUCACUGUAUGUGCCCUUCGGUGGGGUUUCCAACAUUUAGUUAUGUCCUUGAGACUGUCUUAAUGGGGAAUAAAAAUCUACCCUUUAGUUAAA